UCAUCAGUAUAAGAAAAUUUCCCCCUCACAUGUGAAAACUCUCUGAACCAAAAUCUUGAUGUAAUAAUUCACUUCUACUCAAAAUCAAUUCUACAAAAUUAAAUUCAUUCAAAUUUCAGUUUAACAAAUACCAAUUCAAACACAUACUAAAUUAUAGUAAUGGCAAAUCAUGGUGUAGCAUCCUUUGACUACACGUAUGAUGUUUUUCUGAGCUUUCGACGCGGAGUUCACCGCGCGUUCAUUGAUCAUCUCUAUAAAGCUUUGGACGGCAUAGAUAUCAAAACGUUCAAAGACGACGACAAGGAAGAAUCGACGACAGAAGAGGAAGAAACCAAUCCGGAUCUUAUCGAGAAAAUCGAAAGAUCCAGAAUAUCAGUGGUAGUGCUGUGUAAAGACUUUCCAUUUUCCACAAGGUGCCUCGAUGAAGUUGCCAAGAUCAUGGAGUGUUAUGAGAAAAAAACGAUGCAGGUUGUGGGACUUUUCUAUGACGGCGUGACAGCUGCAGAUGUACGUUGGCAGAAGGAAGAUAGGGCAUAUGGCAAAGCCAUUACUCAACAUAAAGAGAGAUUGGGAUUGGGAGAAGAAUCGGACAAGAUCAAAACAUGGCGGUCUGCUUUGUCUAGAGUAUGCGACCUCAUUGCAUUAAAUUGCGACAAAAAGUAUGAAACUGAGCUUAUCAGUAUGAUUGUUAAAGGCGUCUCUGCUAGAUUGCCACCUUUGCGUUUACAAAUCAAAGACGUAAUUGGAUUAGAUUCUCGUUUUGAGGAGGUGAAAUCGCAUCUAGAUAUAGGCAACAAUGAUGCGGUUCAAAUGCUAGCAAUUUGUGGACCUCCUGGCAUAGGCAAAACCACAUUUGCUGCGUAUAUUUAUAACAACAUUAUUAACCACCAAUAUAUUGCUGCAAGUUUUAUUUCCAACAUCAGAGAUAAGCCAAAAGUGGAAGAUCUCCAGUCCACGUUGUUAUCUGAGAUGGGCGAGAAGCGAGAGAGCAGGAGGGGCGAUACAGAUGGUGGAGGCAGAGAAAUCAAACGCAAACUUAGUGUUAAAAAGGUUCUUUUAGUGUUGGAUGGUGUUGAUAAAAUAGAACAGUUGAAAUCGCUGGCUGGGGGGUGUGAUUGGUUUGGUCCUGGCAGUAAAAUUAUUAUAACAACAAGGGAUGCAACUUUGUUGAAUAGACAUCGUGUUAAAAUUAAGAGAUAUCAAAUGACAGAGCUAAGUGAUGAUGACUCUCGCAAACUCUUUUGUUGGUAUGCCUUCGAUGGUGGCGAACCGGCACAAAACUUUGCAAAUCUUGUUCCUCAAGCACUAAGUAUUGCAAAGGGUAUUCCUUUGGCCUUAAAAAAACUGGGCUCUAGAUUGAAGGACCGUAGCUUAGACGAAUGGGAAAUGGAAUUGGACAGAUAUAACAAGGUUCCAGAGGCUUUCGAAUUUCUGCUCAAAUCUUUCGGAAACUGAACUGCUUUUAGCCUUUUUUUUUUUCCUUCCAAAAUUUGUUUGUUUGGUUGAGAGUACAUUUUUAGACUUAAUUGGUGUUUUUUGUGUGGAUGAGAUUGUUCUUUGGUGUUUACUGCGUGAUUUUUUUUUAUGUCGUGGAACUAAAAGAAAGAAAAAAGAACAAAGAGAAAAGACACGAAGAAAACAGGGCAGGGAUUUUCUAGUAGUUCACAAAAUAAAAUGUAUCUGUUGAGUCGGUCUCACACUCAACGACCGUCAUUCUCUGCUGAUAUGCCAUGUAAAGAUGAUUGCAUAUGGAGCACACGAAUCUUACUCUUAAGUUAUUUUACAAUUAUUUAUU